CUUAAAGUGUGUCCUUUGUGACAGCAGUACAUUGCACCUGCACCCUUCGCGUGAAAAUUGUACGUUUCUGUUUCAACGCAUCAACCAUUUUUAUGUUUUUUGUUAUUUGUUUUGGCAUGUGCAGGAAGUACGUGUGCCAUGGCGGGGCGUGCCCUUCCGGCCUGCGGCUUUGUGGUUUAUGCAGACAAGGCUGGCGCGCUGCCUUUGUCGAUUGAAAGAAGAGCCAAAGGAAAGCGCGUGACCAUCAUCCGAGAGGUGAAAGGCAAUGCUCGAGCUCUCUGCCAUUCCUUGACUAGUCUUUUGGGAGUCGGCGGCACCGUGCACAGCAAAGGCUCCGUGUCAGACGUGGAGGUUCAAGGGGAACAAACAGAACGAGUGCAAUCAGCUCUGCAGCAGCUGGCUUGCGUUCGAGGCCCCAAUGGUGCCAAGCUCAAGGCACCAGCGGUGGUGGAGCGCAGUUGUGCCUACGACGAGUUCCUGAAGGAAGAGGAAGGUCAGACGUUACGACGCAAAGAGCGUUGGGAUGCAGGACCUCGGCAGGUGCGAAGCGAACCACCGGAGGAUGCCCCAUGUCGUGCGUGGCAUGGCUAUUGGAUAUAUUGCAACGGGCAUUGUGAAGCUUUGGAUCCAACGAUCAUUUGGGACGACAUUCAAGAGAUCAGGAGCGAUCCCAUGGCAGGCUACGCGCCCGCCGCACGGCCUCCGAGUGCGCCUUCGCAGCUGGACGCGGUGCUUCAGCGGCUGGGGCUCAUGGCAGCCGUGGGUCCGGCAGUAGAGUCUUAUCGCUUGGAGUUGGCGGCCGCACGCGCCGAGCGGGCACAGCCCAAGGCGUCCUUCUGCGCUGUGCAGCCGCGGCCCGAGAGCGAGGCGCAAGUCUUUACUUGUGGCACCUGUGGCGCAUCCUUCACCAUGCAACGAACGCUGAAGAUGCACAAGCGCAGCUGCGCAGCUCAGAUGAACAUCGCAAGCUCCGCAGCUCCAUUGGGCAUCGAGCCUCCUUCCUGGCGCUGGGAUUCCAUGAGCAAAGCACGCGAAGAUGCAGAGAUGGAGUUCGUUUCCGACCCUGAUCCCUUGAACCCCGUGAUGAAUGUGGUGAACGAUGAGUUCCUCUCCCCGGAGGCGGCUCAGUACUUGAUGCCCGAAAGUCCGAAGUACACUCUUGGCUCCCUGCUGGAUCAUGCCAUCCCUUUGGUCUCGCGGAACCGGCAGAAGAAAGCCACGGCCAUUCCGAAGAAAGACCGCACAGGCACAGCCACACGUCCAUGCCCAGUUUGCGACCAGGAGUAUCCCGAAGCGAUGCUGCCUGCACAUGUGGAGGACUGCCUUCAGGCGACUGAGGAUCUACCGCAAGGUGAAGAGUUUCGCGAUGCAGCGGAGCUACCUGAAGAGCUCUUGGAGUCCCUGCUUCAGCUGCAGUUGACACCUGCCUCCUCCGAAGUCUUUUGGAGUGCCUUCGAACACUGGCGAGAAGCACGUGGCGUUCAGGAGGCUUUCCUAGCCGCUUUAGAGGAGGCUCUCCGCUGGGUCCCUGAGCAGGACGGGGAAGAACCUGGUUUCGCGCUGGAGGAGGCGCGGGAAGACGCUGCGGAAGAGCCGCAAGACUCUGUACCUUGCCCUAUCUGUGGUCUUCUCUUUCCGGGCUCCAGCAUUGAGACCCACGUGGACGGAUGCCUCAGCGCCGCGCCCGUGGCACCCACGGCACCCGCGGCGCCCAGCGUGGCGCCGUCUGAACGCGCGGAGACCAAGGCAUCUCGCUGGGCACGGCAGACGAAGGCGGCGCCGGCGGUGGCUGCCGGUUGGGAGGAAGAGCCCAUGGUGAAGGAAGGGGCGAAGUUGGAGACUGCGCAGGAGCGCAUCAGCCGCAUGAAGAGAGAGGCGAAGGAGCGCAAAGCCGGGAGUUCCCGCAUGGUGACGUGAUGGGAGAAAGCGGUCAACGUCCGGAGGUUUCGAAGGUGACAAACUCUGUUCUGCCAGUGGCUGGCCCCUGGAAACAAACAGCUCACAGUGGUUGGCUGAUGUGAGACUCGACACGUGGGCGACCCGUCACGCGUGAUCCGACCCAACGACGUCGUUGGAGACCAAG